GCCUGACUGCUGAGGCCACGCACCCACCCUUUUAUUAUAAAAUAAGAAUGGGUGGUCUGUGAUGUGAAGCUUUUGCUUUUAGGGAGGGUUUGAGUUUUAGUAAGGAAGGAAGGAAGGAAAUGAGUGUGGAGGAGGAGGGGAUGAGUUUGAGGGAGUGGCUAUGGCUAAAGCAUGAUGAUGAUAAUAAUAAAAUAGAGCGGUUGAGGAUGUAUACACAGGUUGUUGAGCUUGUCGAUUUCGCCCACUCUCAAGGAAAUCCUUUGCCCGAUUUACGCCUUUCCAAUUUUCUUUUGCUGCCAUCAAAUCAAAUCAUUUACUUCCCUUCUUCUUCUUCUUCUUCUUCAACCCGGCACUACUCCUCGUCGUCUUAUCAUGUAACCCCUGAACUCGAAAAACGUUGGUAUGCUCCUUGUCCACACCAGGAGGAGGAGGAUGAUCUCUUCUCUGCAAAUGUUUACAGCCUCGGCAUUCUCUUAUUUGAGAUACUCUGCUGCCCCUUUGUAUCAGUGGAGAUGCAUUCAGCAGCAAUUUCAGAUUUGCAUAACCGGAUCCUUCCCCCAACUUUUAUUUCUCAUCAUCCACAUGAAGCUGGCCUAUGUCUUUGGUUGCUUCAUCCCCACCCUUCUUCUCGCCCAACAACAAGGGAAAUCCUAAAGUCUCAACUAUUAAGUGGAACAGAAGACUUGUACCCUCAGAGCACUUAUUCUGUCAUAGUUGACAAGAGUAAAGAUGUUGAGUUCGAGAUUUUACUUGAUUUUCUAGUUUCACUAAAGGAACAAAAGGAAAAGCAUGCGUUGGAGCUACAUCAGUAUAUACAAAUGUUAGAAACUGAUAUGAAUCGUUUUCAGCACAACAAUGUAUCAAAUAUGUUGCAGACAAGGAUGAAGAAAUAUAUCAGCCAGCUUGAAACUGCUUAUUUCAGUAAGAGGUCACAACUCCAACUUAGUGAAGCUGUCUCUAAUGAACGCAAUGACCUCGACUUGUUAAGGAAUCGUGAAAGGUGUCCUGUGCAAGAGAAGCAUGUUGGUUACAGUGAUGAUUUUCUCAACGGUAUAUGCAAGUUCUUAAGAUAUAGCAAGUUUGAGGUGGCUGGGAUGUCAGAAAUGGACAAUAUUCUGAACUCUGCAAAUGUGAUUUGUUCUUUGAGCUUUGAUCGCGAUGAGAACUACAUUGCUGCUGCUGGUAUCUCUAAGAAAAUAAAGAUUUUUGAGUUUGCCACACUUUUACGUGAUUAUGUUGAUGUUAAGUAUCCUGUGGUUGAGUUGCUGAACAAAUCAAAGCUUAGCUGUGUUUGUUGGAACAAGUACCUUAAGAACUGUUUGGCAUCAGCAGAUUAUGAUGGUGUGAUUCAGGUGUGGGAUGCGUGCACUGGUCAAGGACUGUCUCAUUAUACAGAACACCAAAGGAGGGCUUGGUGUGUCGACUUCUCUCAUGUGGACCCUACACAAUUUGCUAGUGGAAGCGAUGAUUGUUCAGUGAAGUUAUGGAGCUUAAACAAUAAAACCUCAACAUGCACAAUCAGAAGUGGUGCCAAUGUGUGCUGUGUUCAGUUCUCUUCAUGCUCUUCACAUAUGUUGGCUUUUGGAUCUGCUGACUACAAGAUACGCUGCUAUGAUCUUAGACAUACUAGGAUUCCCUGGUGCACGCUGGCCGACCACCAGAAGGCGGUAAGCUAUGUAAAAUUUUCGGAUUCGGAUUCCCUCGUGUCUGCAUCCACUGACAGCACACUAAAGCUUUGGGACCUUAAAAAAACCAGCUUGGAGGGGACCUCGACUGAUGCUUGCUGCAUGACCUACAGAGGUCAUCGCAAUGAAAAGAACUUUGUUGGAUUAUCUGUUCUGGACGGAUAUAUAGCAUGUGGUUCCGAAUCCAAUGAGGUUUUUGCGUAUCACAAAAGUUUCCCGAUGCCUAUUACCUCCUACAAAUUCGGAUGUAGCGAUUCCAUCUCUGGUGAUGAGAGCAACGGUCAGUUUGUUUCAAGUGUUUGCUGGAGGGAGAAAUCAAAUAUGAUUGUUGCAGCCAAUUCGGGUGGAAGUGUAAAGGUGCUUAAAUUGGUGUGAAGAGUAGCUUCAGGCCUUGGUAUAAGCAAUUGUGCAGUGAGUAGCAAAAGACUGGAUAUCUAUAUAUAUAUAU